GAGUUGAGGUCGAGAAGCACGCCGUAUGCUGCACAGAGGGACAAGAUGCCAGAGAUCAUGCGUCGGCCAUCUAGAUUAGACGAAAGGUUGACGAAGGCGCAGAAGCUUGACAUUCGAGCCCACCAGAGAACGUAUCAGGGAGCAUACAUACGAACGUGCAUUGGCAGUCUGUCGUUCAGCUUGUUGGUGAUGAAGUUGUUUUCCAAAGAGUUCAUGUUCAUUGGGCUUGUGUUCCAGGUGUACUCGUUGCUAAUCUGCGUGAUUGGGUACCACCGGGCGAGCAACAUGGAUCUCUACUUCAUUGACUUCAGCCGGGGCGACUGGUACAAAGACUACGUGCCUGCGCACACAGCGGAUACGGAGACGGAGACCAUCAACGGACAUGUGUUUGUAGACAACAAGUACUAUUUCAAGACGAGCGGGAACUACGUGAUCUGGUUGAGCAUAAUCACCGGCUGCUGCUAUAUCGUUUUGUUUGUGUUGCUAGCCAUCAUGUGAGAGAGGCCGCAG